AUAUGGAUUUUGAAAAAUAUAUUUCUGACUUUCUCAAUGACACGGCUCUUCACGACUGGUCCCCUAUGAACUGUCUUCGCUAUCUGGAACGUCGUGUACUAUUCUCGUCCGAUAGCAAAAAUGAUAUCAUUGAUGCAUUCAAACGAACGCUUGAGAAGAGUAGCAAGUCCUCCGUAAUUUAUGCAAACGCGAAGGCAAAAGCCAUCAAACUAUCCAAGAACGCCGAAGAAAUCUUUCAAAGAAAAGAAGUUCUUGACUUCUUUGGUGAAAUUGACCGAAAGUGGGAAAUUAGACACAAUAGUCGGGAAAUCACUAGAAAUGUUGAUAUGGCAAAGGUUGCGAUUUCGAAGACGGCAACUACAAAUCUGAUGGAUACACUAGAAACUGAAUGCAGAGUAAAGACAAAAAGACCUCGGAAUCAAAUUGGAAUGCCCAACCAACAGAUGUACAGUGAUAGUGAUGAUGAAGAGCAUAGGCGUGUUUAUAAAAAGUAUGCCAGAACUCCAACCACACUCUCAGCACAUUCAGAACUAAUGCUAGGAGAAGAUGGAAAUGUAUAUGAAGUCAUUGUAGAUAAUAAUGAGGAUGAAGAG